AUGAGGCUGCCUGAGGCCAAGGUCAAGAUCGAGACGCCCUUCUACAGUGGAACUGUUUCUGCCUUCUGCAUGGAUGAUCCAUUGUAUGACGUAAUCGUGGGGAACAUCGAGGGCGCCCGUUCGCCGGACCAACCCGAACCACUGGAAGAGGACCCAGAAAUCGAUCCACCAUCGAUUGCAAACCCUCACGACCAACCAGCCACGGCCGACGAGGACGUAGUCGCAGUUGCGACCCGAGCACAGACCAAAGCCCAGUCGAAGCCAUUCCAGCCCCUCCCUGCACCCAAUUCCGAGGAGGACCCGAGCUUCAGCUAUGCCGAGGAACAAAUCCAGGACGAGUCGUUAAAACCCUGCUUUGCGCAAAUCGACAAGGACCUCAGAUGCCGUAAUAGUAAGUGCGCGAUAAUGUUCAAGCAGGAAGAUGGACUGCUCUACAGGUACUAUACGGAGAGGAGUGGUCAACAGAUACGACAGCUCUUGGUGCCGAAGAACCGCCGAGAGGCUGUUAUGAAGCUAGCCCACGAUGAAAUAAUGGCUGGGCACCUGGGAGCCGAGAAAACCAAGGACAGAAUUCAGGAAGAAUUCUUCUGGCCCUGUGUCACAGCCGACGUGAAACGAUUCGUGGCGUCUUGCGAUAUCUGCCAGCGAACUGUGCCAAAAGGAAGGGUGUCACACGUGUCACUCGGCCAGUCCCCCGUCAUAAACAUCCCCUUUAAAAGGGUAGCUAUUGAUAUAGUAGGCCCUAUCCGACCUCCAUCCGGUCAAGGAAACCGCUAUAUCCUGACUCUCGUCGAUUGCGCCACGCGCUACCCGGAGGCAGUUGCACUACCUGGCAUAGAGACCGAACGAGUCGCAGAGGCCCUCGUUGAGAUGUUCUCCCGUUUUGGUGUACCGAGGGAAGUCCCAAGUGAUCGGGGCUCGAAUUUUACGUCGGAGUUAAUGAAGGAAGUGGCACGACUUCUAUCGGUGCGCCAACUCCAUACCACCCCUUACCACCCGAUGGCCAACGGGAUGGUGGAAAAAUUUAAUGGCACCCUGAAGACUAUGCUCAAAAGAAUGUGUGCGGAGAAACCAAAAAACUGGGACAGAUUCCUCGGUCCGUUGCUGUUCGCGUACAGAGAGGUUCCUCAGGCAAGUCUCGGCUUUUCACCGUUCGAGCUACUGUACGGCCGACAUGUCCGGGGACCCCUGGCGAUUUUAAAGGAAGUCUGGACGAACCAAGAGCUGGACGAUGAGCUGAAGACAACCUACCAGUACGUAUUGGAUCUCCGAAAUCGUCUAGAAGAGACGUGCCGCCUAGCUCACGAAGAACUCCGAAGGGCGGGAGCACGCUACGCUAAGCACUACAAUCGAAAAUCAAGGGAUAGAGUAUUCCAACCAGGAGAUAAGGUUCUCAUCCUGCUUCCAACUGAUAAAAAUAAACUCUUGCUGCAUUGGAAGGGGCCCUUCGAAGUGCAGGCGACAAUUAGGGACUUCGGUUACUCCAUAAAGACGCCGAGCGGGCCGAAAAUUUUCCAUGCCAAUUUGCUGAAGAAGUAUGCGGAGCGGGAAACUAAACAAGAUGCGCCACAUCAAUGCCAAGUCAUCGUAGGGGUUAUUGACAAUGGAGAUGAACAGGAACUACCGGUGCCGGAGUUCGUGCAGACAGAAGGGAUUACUGACGUCAAGAUCUGCCCAAGUUUGACGGACCAACAAAAGGAGGAGUUGGAGAAAACCAUGACAGCGCACUCUAAAAUAUUUUCGAAUGUCCCGGACAAGACAGAUUGGGUGGAGUGCCACCUCGAGACAGUGACGGAGUCCCCAGUCCACGUCAAACAGUACCCGUUACCUUUUGCUACGACUAAAGACAUCGAGGCCGAGGUACAGCAAAUGAAAACACUGGGCAUAAUUGAAGUCUCGAAAUCGCCCUAUAAUUCCCCAGUGUUGCUUGUGGACAAACCGGACAAAACCAAGCGGAUUGUAGUCGAUUUCCGGCGCCUGAACAACCUCAUAAUAGCAGAUGCGGAGCCCAUGCCUAGAGCAGAUGCCGUUUUUGCCAGUGCCACAAACAAAAGAUACUUCUCUAAGUUAGAUUUUGUUAAGGGCUACUGGCAAAUCCCACUCUCCCAGCAGUCGAAACCUAAGACUGCGUUUUCGACAAAAUCCGGUCUCUACCAGUUUUGCUACAUGCCUUUCGGGAUCAAAACGGCACCCGCUGUGUUUGCCCGGCUUAUGCGACUAGUCACUGAGGGAAUCCCGGGCGUUGAACAUUACUACGACGACGUACUCAUAACAAGCACGACCUGGGAGGAACACCUAUCCACUCUCAGACAACUUUUUGCUCGAAUUCAGGCUGCUGGGUUGACCGUUAGACCGAGCAAGUGUGAGUUGGGAAUGAACGAGAUUGAUUUCCUUGGUCAUCACAUUGGACAAAACAUGCUUGCUCCACCGGGAAAGACUCUCGACAAAAUCCAACCUUCACCCGCCCAAAAGACGAAGCGACAGGUACGCGCUUUUCUCGGGUUGACCAGCUAUUACCGGGAGUUCAUUCCAAAUUAUGCCGAGAUCAGCGCCCCUCUCACAGAACUGAUCAAGAAGGGUGAAGGCAACUUAGUAAAAUGGACGACGACACACGAGAAAGCAUUUGCGAAACUCAAGGAAUGCAUCUCGAACCCUCCCGUGCUCCGCCUCCCAGACUUAACCAAGGAAUUCAUCCUCCGCACCAACGCUUCCGACACCAGCCUCGGGGCUGUGCUCUUGCAGUCACACGAAGGGACCCUCUAUCCUAUAGCAUACGCCAGUCGCAAACUACUUCCCCGGGAAUCAUCCUACAGCACCAUCGAAAGAGAAUGUCUAGCCCUGAUCACGAUGAGAAGCUUUCCUGUACCUGACUUCCCGGAAGACGUUCUGCGGUACCGGUACGGCUUCUUCUGGCUGGCGUCUACUACCUUCCUUUUCCCGAUGUACAGGAUCAUCAGUCGCCUUUGCUUCGAGAACAACAGCGGCCUCAGGGAGUACCAGCUGAUGAUGGGACUUGGCAACUGCUUCUACUGGACGGGCCAUUUCGCGUGUGCCUUUUGCUUCUUCGUGUUGCACAGCGCCAUCUGCGUAUAUGGCGCCGUCGGAUACAGGCAUUUCGACACCGGCGCCCCCUACCUCGACCGCACGGACCCUUCGCUGCUGCUCGUGGCGUUGCUGCUGCACAGCGAGUACCAGCUGAUGAUGGGACUGGGCAACUGCUUCUACUGGACGGGCCAUUUCGCGUGUGCCUUUUGCUUCUUCGUGGUGCACAGCGCCAUCUGCGUCUAUGGCGCCGUCGGAUACAGGCAUUUCGACACCGGCGCCCCCUACCUCGACCGCACGGACCCUUCGCUGCUGCUCGUCGCGUUGCUGCUGCACAGCGUAUCGCAGAUACUACUCGCCACGCUCGCUGCCUGCGUGUUGAACUUGGUUGUCGCGGCGACACUGUCCGUCGUGUUGAUGUCCGUGGCGCUGCCGUACUGGGUUCUUCAAAGCACGGGAAGCCUGGAGACGCUGGCCCAGUUCGUGUUCGGAGACCGCGUCUGUGGCGCUGCAUGGCAGAAAGUCCAUUACGUGACCUUGGGCAUCGUUCCUGCCACUGUGCUCGAAGUGUGGGUUGUCAGCAUCCUGACGAUGGCCGUCAUGGUACUGCUCAUUGGCUACUGCUCCAACGUGCUGCCUUGGAGCACUGCGCUUCCACUGCACCCGCUCUUCUUCUUCAAGGGGUACCUUUAG